AUGUUGGAAGGAUGGUAUUGCCGGUCAAUUGCAAACAACAAUGCAGAAGCCGAGGACGAUGAAGAGGAUAGUCCCGAAGAAGAAGUACCGAAUUAUAAAGAUCAAUAUCGUAAUUUAAAGCGAAAACUUAAAUUUCUAAUUUAUGAAAAUGAAUGUUUUCAAGAAGCCUUGAGGUCAACCCAACGUAAGUUAUUAAAAGUGAAUCGUGACAAGAGUUUUUUACUUGAUCGUUUACUCCAAUAUGAAAAAGUAGAUGCAUCUUUUAGUGAAAGUGAUGAAACCGAGUCGUCAGAUGAUGACAUGUCACGAUUAGAAACGUUAAAUAAAAAAAAGAAAGUAGAAAUAAAUUUUAAUAAUCACACUCCACAUGGCCUAUCACCAGUAAAACCUUCAAGUACAACUAAAAAGAAAAAACCAGCUCCAAAAACAGCUUUAAAACCUCAGAAUAACCCAUCUGUUCAAACCAACUCUAAUAAUGUUAUGUCAAUGGUAUCAAUGAUUUCCGAUGGUCAUAUGACACCUGAAGAAGUAGAGCGACAUUUAGAGUCGCGUCAGACGUACCUGGAAUUGGUGCCUGAAAAAGCACCACCAACUGUCCCUACCGAAAUGUUUAGCAACGACCCGUCUUUGGACAGCGAGUCUAAUGAAAUCGGUGAACUUGAAACUUCACCCAGUAAUAUGGGUGAAGAUUGUCUCAGCGUUGACAUGAUGGCUGAAUGA